AAGGACCUGUUGCUGACUAAACCAGCCAAAAUAGGUAUGUUUUUUAUUUGCACAAAAACGGCAUAUUUACACAUUUUAUAUUAGAGUAAUUAGGUGGGAUGAUCAUAUGUUAUUGAAUAUAAAAAAAACAUCGGAAAAUUAUGUUCACGUAACAUUUAAAUGAAAGGAAAAAUUGGAUUUAAAAUUUGUAUUAAUUUUAGAACAAUAUGUUCAAUCAUGAGUAUAAGAUAUUGCCAUUUGGUGUAUUCAUUCUAAUAUGUCACUUCUGGAAUGAGCCUCUCGUUUGUCAAUUGUUUUAAUUAGAAGGAAAAUAGUAUAUAUUUUUGAAUCUCUCGGAAUUCAGUUGAGAUUGUGACUCUUAUUAUUAGCUCUAUUUGUGUUGAUUAACAAAGAACAAGAAAAAUCUAAUUACAUAUAUGAGAAGAUAAAGUUAUGUCUUCUCCUCAAUACAAAAGAAUGCAUUUACAUACUUGAAUAAGAAAUGAAUUUUAAAUAAGACAAACAGUUUUACGUACACACAUGACUUGAACAUACCGUUACAUGUUCAUACAAAUAACAAGUUAACAACUCCCAAUGGUUGGUCACAUACCGAUCUAGUUGUGACCUAGGGUUUGGGACAUCUAGGUCGGCCACUUCUUUGACCUCCACGCGGUGACUUGCUGGGCUUCACACUACGUUUGAUCUCGUUUAUAACCUUUUGAUCCCAAACCCAUUUCCUAUUUCUUUUCCAAACAAAACAAAAUCAAACUUAGAAUACUAAUUUCUAUGGAAAAAAAAGAAACAGAAAAUCGAAUAGCGAGACGAAAGAAAAAGUUUAUCAUGAUUAGAAACUUACUUGUAUUGAGAGAUUUGUAAUUGAAUGGUAAUCGAGCCGAGACUGUGUUUGAUGAUGCCAAUAACAACAGAAACAUCAAAGUUACUAAACGAGCCACGUACAUUUUUUUUCUUGCUUGGUGUAUUUUGCUGGUCUAUAUCCUUUAAGUUAUACAAAUUGUGUAAGCUCUAAAGUCGUAUAUUUAUAUGUAGAGAACAUGAAAUAAGGUUACGUAGGUUACUUCGUUAAUUUUGAAUUCAGACUAAGACUAAGGAGACAAUAUUGAUUUUGACUUAGUAAAUUCAUUAUAUCAGUUGAUUUAUAUACUUGUUUGUAGAAUUUGUUAUUUUGACUCUUGAAUUACUUGUAUGAAUCUGAAAUUGGUCCAUUUUCGUAUUUUUCUCCUCUAGAAAAUAUACAUCGUGUGGCGAACAAGUGGAAGUAGAAAAAGACCAUGACCACCAACAAAAAGUUUUACGAGAGGAAAAUAAAACAUGCUUCUGUUGUUAUAUAUCCUCAUAACCACAGACGUCAUGUUAUGGUCCAAAACGUUUGUAGUUUGCACCUAAAUUUUAUUUUUAUUUAAACUAAUAAAGUUUUCACAAGUAUCAAUUUCAUAUUCCACGCUUUGCUUUGGCUCAGGAGCCAACUAACAUUUUCAAAUAUCAAACACAACACUGUGCCGAGUACACAGUACCGUGCGAGGGUUUCUGUAGACCCAAAGCGAGUUUUAAAACUGAUAUAGAAAACUGAAACAAAAGCAUAUAAUAUAACAUUAUAUAUUAUUACCAACUAAAGAAGAGAAGAAAGAAAUAUCACUGCCUAAGAAAACAUGAUGGUGUGGUGACAUUGAAAGUAAACGAAACAACGAACACCAUAAAUAAAAAAGAUUUAUUUUUCGUUUGUGAUUUAUUUUUGGUUUAGAUUAUCGAUUGACUUUCUAUAAGAAUUCUCGUCAAAACAAAAAUAAAAUAAAGACAUAAGUAAGAAAGAAAGGACUCGAACGUCGGACCCUAAAAAUCGGUUGUGUAACAACAAAACCACUAGGACACCCCAGCACACUUUGGUAAAAUUGAGGGUCCUUAAAAUCAUAAUAUAUUUUGGGGCCUAAAACAAAUGUCUUUUUUAAAUGUAUAGCAGGCACGCCUCCGCGAGUACAAUAUGAUUCUCGAGAGCCAAGUAAAAUUUUCCGAGUACAAUAUCCAAAUCGAUAUAAACACAUACUCAUUUUACCAAAGUGAGAUCAUAAAAAAGUUAUGUCAAUAUCCAAAUUGUUUCAACUGUCAUAUGAUUACUGAUGAUAUAUUUGUGUGUACACAUAUAUAUAUAUAUAAUCAACCAUUGCUUUUCCUGUAAGUUGACAGUACUCCCAUAUUUUACUGUCGCCUCCCCAUUACAAGAAGCCUUCCAUCACAAGCACUCUUCUCUCCAUUGCACGAAACAUCUUUAUUUUGCCUUCUUUUUCUUUACUAAAGAAAAAGUAAUAUAUUCUGUUAUUUCUAGUUUGAUCGUCAUAAAAAAUCAAUUGCAAAUAUUAUAAUUUCCUUUUCUGUUUUACUUCAACUACACACCUAACAUUUUCUUAUAAUCCAAAUAGAAUCCAUCCAUACAUGUGCCUACUUUAUCGAUACAUACCUUUGUCUUAUUUAUGGACUGAGAACCAAACAGUGAGAAUAACAUACUAGCUACAUAUUUCAAAUAUACCAAACUCAAGAAAAUUAUUAAUUACCAAUUGAAAAGAAACAUCUUAACCUACUAGAGCUUUAGCCCCACUUGGUAUUCAUUUUUCCCUCAGUACAUUUCCCUUUCUAUUAACCAAGUUAGUGUAAUUCAUAUAAAAAUUAGUUUGUUUGAUCUCUAAGACUCUGAGUUAGUGUAAAAUACAUGUUUGAUCAGUAAUGUCUGUUGGCCAUGAGGUUUUUUUUGGUCUUUUGACAUUCUUAACACCAUUAGCAAGCUAAAGAAAUAGAAGCACCAUAUUAAUGAGUUCUGAUAGGUUCUUAACACAAAGUCUUUGGUUAUAUAACAAGUCAUCUUCUUUACCCAAAGGGAGAGAGAAAAUAUUUUGGAGGAACAAUGGCAACAACAAGACAGAUCUUGCAACAGCCACAAUCGCCAUUUAUUCAACGCAUCAAGAGCUCGGGGACCAUAAGCAUCAAUGGAAGCCCUAUGAAUGAUGACAAAGAAGAGGAUUUUUCACGCUCUUCUUUGGCUUUGUUUAAGGCAAAAGAAGAUGAAAUUGAGAGGAGGAAGAUGGAGGUUAGGGAUAGAGUCCAGACAAAGCUUGGACUCGCUGAGGAAGCUACUAGGAGAUUAGCCGAGAUCCGGGAAGAGCUGGAAUCUCUAACCGAUCCAAUGCGGAAGGAGAUUUCCGCGAUAAGGAAAAGAGUUGAUGCUAUUAACCGGGAACUCAAGCCUUUAGGACAGAGCUGUCAGAAAAAGGAGAAGGAAUUCAAAGAAGCACUUGAAGCUUACAAUGAAAAGAACAAAGAGAAAGCUAUGUUUGUUAGCAAAUUAGUUGAGCUUGUUACAGAAAGCGAGAAACUGCGAAUGACAAAGCUUGAGAAACUCAGCAAAAUCAUUGACAUUUCGUUACACUAACACCAACGAUGGUGAUAAUCAAAAGUUGCAAAAUCAGCCAGCUUUGCUUCUUUAUUCUGCACUUUUCUAAUAGUUUUGCUUGUCUUUGUGAUCAAGUCUUAUUUCCUGAUUUAGCAGAGAAGUAUAUUCAAAUAUUGUAAGUCUGCAGCGUCAGUAAUAUAAUAUACUAGUGAUAACUU